AAGUUUUAGUACUAAAUUGCAAUUUCCCGGAACAGACCCAAUCAUGAGGCAGCAAAAAUAAAACCCUAGAGGAAUCUCUGUUCCUUAAUUCUCGUCCAUUCCAAUUCUCCACAAUUGCAGCCCAGCUUCCAACUGACCAAGUUCGAAUCCGCUCGUUCUUAAGCCAUGGCUGUCACUUUUUACGACCUCAGCUCACCUGCUGGCCUCAAGAAGCUUGAUGAUUACCUUUUAUCUCGCAGUUACAUUACUGGGUAUCAAGCUUCGAAAGAUGAUCUCACUGUUCAUGCUGCCCUCUCUAAGCCUCCAUCAUCCGAAUAUGUGAAUGUGUCACGGUGGUACAACCACAUUGAAGCAUUAUUGAGGAUUUCUGGAGUUUCUGGGGAAGGAAGUGGUGUAACUGUUGAGGGCUCAGCUCCAGUCACGGAAGCUAUUGCAACUCCUCCUGCUGCAGACAACAAGGCCUCAGCUGCCGAUGAUGAUGAUGAUGAUGAUGUGGAUUUGUUUGGUGAGGAGACUGAGGAAGAGAAGAAGGCUGCUGAAGAACGUGCAGCUGCUGUUAAGGCUUCUGCAAAGAAGAAAGAAUCUGGGAAGUCAUCAGUCCUGUUGGACAUAAAACCAUGGGAUGAUGAGACUGAUAUGAAGAAGCUUGAGGAAGCUGUCAGAAGUGUGCAGAUGGAAGGUCUCCUUUGGGGAGCAUCAAAACUUGUACCUGUUGGAUAUGGCAUCAAGAAGCUGCAGAUUAUGAUCACCAUUGUGGAUGACUUGGUCUCCGUCGACAACCUCAUCGAGGAUUAUCUGACAGCUGAACCAAUAAAUGAACAUGUCCAGAGUGUCGACAUUGUGGCCUUCAACAAAAUUUAAUUUACCUGGCUCUUCCAAUGGAUGGCUGAGGAGAGACAUACCGGGAAUGGAGUUCAUCUGUUAUGUAUCAUGAUGUCUGCAUUUUGUUAAAUUUCCUUUCUGUUUUCAACAAAGUUCCUUAACAAAUUAUGAUAUUUAAGUUAUGUGGAUGACACCGAGUAUUAUACCACCUUUGGGGGAAUAUGAAGAUGUUUGUGCAGUGUGCUUGUCAAA